UUUCCUCCCUUCCGUUCUUCCAUCUCUCCUUUUUCUUUCCUCCCUCCAUCCCUCGCUCUCUCCCUCGCUCCCUCUGGCUUCCCAUUCGGACGGACUUCUGGAGAGACUGAGCCGCGGUUUGUCCUCCUCCUCCUUUUCCUCCUUCUCCCUUUUCUCCUCCUCUUCCUUCUUUUUUCCUUUCUCCUUCUCCAACUCCGGGAGCCGACUUUCCUUCUCUCCUUUUCCUCCCCGCUCCCCCGUUCUUGAGCCACCCCUCCCUCCCCUUUUUGGAAGGCGCUGGGGGCAAGUCAACAGAACUGUCAGCGCCGCUGGAAAAAAAGAAGAAGGAGAAGAGGAAGGGGGGAAAAGGGGAAGCCUGUGCGUAAAAAACCAAGCGGAGGAGGAAGAGGCGAAACAACUCCCUGGACGCCUCGCUUUCCCCUCAGCCUUUUGCAGAUCCCUUCCCCUUGGAGAGCCCCCCAGAAAGGCCAGGAACCGGAGAGGAAAGUCCGAGGAGAAGGAGUCCUCUUCUUGCUUUCUUUCCUUCUCUCUUUCCGCCUCCUCCUCCUUCCAUCUUCCCAAAAAAGCAAAGGCGCUCCUUGGAGAGGAACCGGGACUCCACGCCUUCCUUCUCCUUCUCCUUCUUCGCCCAGAUGUUGAAAGAGACCCUUUGGGAAGAGAAAGAAAGACAAGCAGGGAACUUGAGGACUCGGCUCCCUCUCCAUCCAUGAAGAGACUCGCCUCCCAGCGCGCAGGGUAACGUCUGAAUCCCGACACAAGCGGACACGUGUCUCCAAGUCCCACCUUUGCAUCCGCGGCCGCCUUUUUGCAAAAUUCAGACUUUUGCGGGGAAGCUGAGCUAAAAAUACAUCUGUUUCCCCCCUUCUCCUUUCCCUCCUUUCUUUCUCCUUCUUUCCUUCCUUCCUUCCUCUCUCUCUCUCUUCUCCUCCUUUCCCCUCCUGUCCUCACAUCUCUGUCCCUCCCCUUUUGGGGGUGUUGGGCUUGACAAAGAAAGGGCUUGAACUUCCCUCCCCACUGCCUCCCUUUUCGAAAAAGAAGAAGGGAGAAGAGGAGGAGGAAGAAGAGGAGGAGGAGGAGGAGAAGAGCUGGAGCUUGGACAUGUGGAUGUGAUUGCGCUUUCCCCUCCUGGCUGUGGGACCCAUGUGCGCCCUGAAGGAAGGCAGCCACCACUACCUCCUCCUCCUGCAGCAUCUCUUCUGGGGAGCCUCACCGGGGUCCCCCCACCCUAUGGACCCUCUCCUCCUUCCCCCUUCCUCCUUUUGAGCUGCUUUUGGGGGGCUGUCAACACUCUCCGCCAUGAGGAAGCGGGCCAAAGCCUUGGGCCAAAGCCUGGCCUUCUAGCUUGGGGGUUGCUCCUUGCUCUCUUCUCCCCACAACUUCAGGGAUUCGGGGGGCUUCGCACCGGUUUCCCAAAGCGCCCCAGGAUUACUCUUUCGCCCGUGGAUGUGACUGGGACCCUCUCGCCUUGGCUAUGGGACCCUCCCUGCUGCUCUGCCACAGUUUGGGGCUGAUGGUUUGCUGCUCCCUCUUGAGUUCGGUCUACGCUGUGGUGGAUAACGAUGACGUCUUGACCGUGGAGGAACAGGUCUUUUUGCUGCGGAAAGCCAAGGCCAAGUGCGAGCGGCAUUUGAAAGCCAAACCCAAAGUGCAAGAAGGGUACUGCGUUCCAGAAUGGGACACCCUCAUCUGUUGGCCGGAAAGUGCUCCGGGGACGUUGGUCUCCAUGCCGUGCCCAGAUUACAUCUUUGACUUCAACCACAAAGGCCAUGCUCAUCGGCAGUGUGACCGGAAUGGGAGCUGGGUCCAGGUGCCCAGCGUCAACCUCACCUGGGCCAACUACAGCGAAUGUGCCAAGUUUUUCCCCAUUGACACAAGGCAAAAGGAAAUCUUCCAUCGCCUCUACGUGAUUUAUACUGUGGGCUACUCCAUCUCCUUGACUUCCCUAACCAUUGCUGUCCUUAUCCUGGGCUAUUUCAGGCGCUUGCACUGUACACGGAAUUAUAUCCACAUGCACCUCUUUGUCUCCUUCAUCCUCCGCGCCAUCAGCAUCUUUGUGAAGGAUGCCGUCCUCUACACCGGCUCAGCGCUGGAGGAGACGGAGCGCAUCUCAGAAGAGGACUUCAAGUCCAUCACCGAGGCGCCUCCGGCAGACAAAUCUUCCCUUGUGGGCUGCAAGGUUGCCGUGACCUUGUUCCUUUACUUCCUGGCCACCAACUACUACUGGAUUCUGGUGGAAGGCCUCUACCUCCACAGCCUCAUCUUCAUGGCAUUCUUCUCGGAGAAGAAAUAUCUUUGGGGAUUAACCUUCUUUGGCUGGGGGCUGCCAGCUGUGUUCGUCUUAGUCUGGGCCACCUUACGGGCAACGGUGGCAGAUACAGAAUGCUGGGAUUUGAGCGCUGGCUACUUCAAGUGGUUCAUUCAGGUGCCCAUCCUUGCAGCUGUGAUGGCAAAUUUUAUCCUUUUUAUCAAAAUCAUCCGGGUCCUUGCAACCAAACUCCGGGAGACCAAUGCAGGGAGAUGUGAUACAAGACAACAGUAUAGGAAGCUGCUGAAAUCGACGCUGGUCCUCAUGCCACUCUUCGGAGUCCAUUAUAUCGUCUUCAUGGCGAUGCCGUACACCGAAGUGUCAGGGAUCCUCUGGCAAAUCCAGAUGCAUUAUGAAAUGCUCUUCAACUCUUUCCAGGGAUUUUUUGUCGCCAUUAUCUAUUGUUUUUGCAAUGGGGAGGUUCAAGCCGAAAUCAAGAAGUCGUGGAGCCGAUGGACAUUGGCGCUGGACUUCAAGCGCAAAGCCCGCAGCGGGAGCACCACCUACAGCUACGGACCCAUGGUCUCGCACACCAGCAUCACAAACGUGACCACCCGCGGGGGUGGAAGCAUUGCCCUCCACCUCAACACGAGACUCCUCCCCGGCUCUGUCAACGGACACCGGAAUUUGCCCGGAUACGUCAAAAACGGCUCCAUUUCCGAGAACUCCUUGCCUUCCUCUGGGCCGGAACAAUAUAACAAAGACGAGGAGUACCUCAACGGUUCAGGACUCUACAACGGAGACAAGCCGACCAUACUUGUGGAAGAAGAGUGUCAGGACACGAUUCAAAGCUUGGAAGAGCAAGCGUUUGACUCCUGCCCCUGCCAACAGACCUGAAGCAAGGUCAGCGUUGACCAACGUACCUGGAGGAGGAGAGCGGUCCUGUGCGGAAGCCAUAAUCAGGAGAAAUCAUUCACGGGAGUUGGAGAAAGCCGUGGAAGGGACUGGAAGGGGAGGAGGGAAGAGCAUGAGCAAAGGGGCUGGAGGGACGUGGGAAAAUUCGUAGUGUUAUUUUCUUUCUGUGUGUGUAGUAGCAAUAAAGCUGGCUACGUCCA